AAAAGCCUCGCUCCUCUCCUCACCCACGCCCUCUGUCUCCUCCGGCGGUUCCGCAGCCGUUCCACUACUACUUCCUCGCCUCCCCUGCCUCCACUCCCCGCUCGUGCUUCCUCCGGGCAUCACCAGAGGGCGCGGCAGUCCUCGCGGGGCAUCCAGCGACACACAGGCCGUGGCAGGAACAGCCUCGCGUCAGGCUGACCGAUCAGCAGCGCCGGGCUUGUGGUGUUGCCCAGCAGGUGUUCGACGUAAUGCUGAUGGCUCGCGCCAGGGCUUUCUACAGCACACCGAGGGCUCUGCGGUUUGGUACUUUGCGGAGGGAUAGCUUGAUCUGUCUGAGAAUGCAUCACUAUGCUUGCCCUACCAAUGGCUCUCUCACAAUCUGGCAACCUUUCCGUCUUAUAAAGGAAUGCAGGUUCCGUAGUCCGGUUCAUCUUAUUAGGCUGCUCUGCGGAUUUUAUCUUGCUAUAUAUUCAUGACGAAAAGCAGCUACGGCUUUGCAGCAACAGUCCAGCAAAUACAAAGUCGAGGAGAGCACUCGAUCCCGGAGUACAGGUGAAAUGCGGGAAAACACGAAAUACAAGCAUGGAUCCAGGGCAAAAGAUAAAAUGAGAAUGAGAAAGCCCAAGCUAGUCUUCAGUGAGCACCAGCAGCUUGUGGAUUUUUUGGCCUGUAGAGAUUUGAAAAUUUGACUGUAUUGCAAGAAUUCAGGGAAUUUGCCAGACAGGUUCUUGUUGUGCAAGAUCGGAGCCGACAACAGCCUGCUUCCUCAUAAACUCUACCUUUUGAAUAUUGGGCAAGUUGUCCUACAAGAAGGUUUUCUGAAAGAUCCAACACUCUCAUAUACUGCAGUUGACAUACAUAUACUGGAAUUGUUCCAUUGAUAAGAUUUGCGAAGAAUACAACCUCUCUCAGCACUGGAGCUCCAAAGUCUUGGGGAAGUGGUCCUGAACUCCUGAUAGAGAAUUCUUGGAGAUAUCUAAGAACACUAAUGAUUCUGGUAGCAGUAGCAGCAAAUCUGUAAAGCCAUUUGAGUUGAGGUCAAGUUGCGCAGAAGUCAUAAAUUCCAGUCUUGCUGGCAGCCGGCCACUUAUUUGAUUACGAGAGCAUAUCUGGCAUUGGGGAAUAAAGUCCAAAACCAAUCAGGGAGAAGAUCAACUAUGCCUGCAUCUGAAAUGUCAAGUUCACUAAUAUCCUUCUGUCCUUCGAGCCACAAUGGAAAAUGAGGUCCCAUUUUGGUACUUGCAAAAUGAGCCUCAUACAUGUUACAUGUGGGGCUCCAGUUUGAGCUGACAGUGAUAUGUACAGCUGGGUUGGCAGAUAGACUCGGUUCCUUCAAGUACACUAUACUUUCAAGUACAGUUCAAAAAAAUAUUGCGGCUCACAAGUGCGUCCAAGGUCUCCUUAUCGAUCACAUGCAGUUCUCGUGCAUGGUUCAUAAAGAAAAGAAUCAGUAAAACUUGUUUCAAAAGACACUGUUUGGAUCCAUGCCAUGUGUUGUGGUUCCACCAGCUAGUUUACACCAGCUACAUUGCCAUUGUAAGCUGUUAAGUACCGUACCUGGACAGCUGAAAUAUCAACUCCAAGACUAUCUCAACUCGAACGAGAAUUCAAAGCUUUGCAUUUCCGAGUCAUCCGCUUUCAUUAUCAACCUGAUGUGGGUGCUUGAUCCGGUCAGCAAAUUGUCAAGAAAUUAACGCUGUUCUAGUAGUGGAUAAGAUGGAUUCCACAUGUCAACAAAUGGACACUGGAAUGUCUGAUUAACAAACAGAUUGACAGUUGAUCUUGGUGUCUUGUUCAAAAAAAAGAAGGGUGAACUUGUACGGAUUCUUGAAAAGAGACUCUAUACAAUUAGGCGCUUAACAGAGUAAGGCUGACACUUCGCCUUUAUAAAAAUAUCGCGAAGAUCACUUUGUAUAUACAUACAGUCACUGCUGCAUUUGCACAAGAAGCAGUCUAACUAGAAGUGUUGAUAUACAAAAGCUAUCCGUCUAUAUAGCUUAAUGUUUCAGUCACCAGUCUGACCAGUAAGCAAUGACGGUGGCAUCCCAACUCCGACGAGGACAGCUGAUUUGUGAAGUCUCAGCUGCUAGAAUUUCAAGAACAUUGCAUUAUACAAUCACCUGCGUUCGUCAAAGCAUCGCUUGCUUCUGGACCAAGGACUGGUAUAAUUAUGUACUUACUCCUAGUUUUUGUUUUGUUUUGCGGGAAGUACUUAAUUGCUCCCAGUUAUCGUAACUAGUUAGUUGGACCUUAACUAGUACUAAGAUCUAGGCCUGAUCGGCCGAUGGAUUGGUCGGCUCUCACCAGCUGCACCACGGUCAUGAUCCUUCUCUUCCUGCCAUUGAGCGCUUCCCAAGACCGGCUUGUCCCCGGCAGGGCGCUGUCCCCUGGUAACACCAUCGUCUCCGAUGAUGGUGGAUUCGCCUUGGGCUUCUUCAACCCCUCCAAUUCUUCUCCGGCCAGCUUGUACCUAGGCGUAUGGUACAACGACAUCCCUGAGCUCACCGUUGUGUGGGUCGCCAACCAAAAUACCCCGGCCACCAACACAACUUCCUCAACACUGAAGCUUUCCCUCACCAACACCUCUAAUCUGGUUAUCUCUGAUGGUGGUGGCGGAAGCCGUGUCAUUUGGACAACAGCCAUAAUGACCACCGGCCUGGUCUCGUCUACCCCGACGGCGGUGCUUCUAAACACCGGUAACUUCAUCAUCCGAUUGUCAAACGGCACCAUCCUGUGGCAGAGCUUCGACCAACGCACAGACACGUUCCUUCCCAGCAUGAAGAUCGGCAUAAACUACAGGACGCGUACCACCACCAAGCGCCUGGUAUCAUGGAGAGGCCCCAGCGACCCCUCGCGGGGGCGCUUCUCCUAUGGCAGCGACACGAACAGGUCAUUCCAAACAUUCUUGUGGGACGGGGAGCACCCGGUAUCUCGUGCCGCCCCCUGGACAGGGUAUCUAGUGAUGAGCCUACGGCAACAACAACUACUUGGGGCCACAAAUAGCAGUGGUCUUAUCAUCUACCUAGCCUAUGUAAACAAUGACGAUGAGGCAUACGUCACUUAUAGCCUCUCCGACGGCGCCCCACGCACCAGGAUGGUGCUAACCUACUAUGGUGAGUUUCAGAUCCAAAGCUGGAGCAGUAAGUCAUCAACAUGGGUUGUCCUCUCGAAGUUUCCAUCCGCUGAAUGCAACCAUUACAGUUAUUGCGGCUCGUAUGGCUACUGUGACGAGACGGCCGAGGCACCCACCGUGCCAACAUGCAGGUGUCUUGAUGGCUUUGAGCCGAGUAGCAUGGAGGAGUGGACUAGUGGCAGAUACUCGGCGGGGUGCCGACGGAAGGAGGCACUGCAAGGGUGCAGUGACGGCUUCGUGGCCUUGCCGGGGAUGAAGUCACCUGAUGGGUUUUUGUUUAUUGCUGGAGGGAGGAGUAAAAUUGAGGAGUGUGCGGCGGAGUGUAGCCGCAAUUGCUCCUGUGUGGCAUAUGUGUUCGCCAACCUGAGCAGCAGCAGGUUCGAAGGACACGUGACGAGGUGCUUGGUGUGGUCUGGGGAGUUAAUAGAUACGGGAAAGGUUGGGGAGCUCACCGGCGAGACACUCUAUCUUCGACGUGCAGGCAUGGCUGCAACCAAAGGUAAAAGAAUAAAGAGCAAUGCAGUGAGGAUUGUGCUUCCAGUUGUAGGCUCUGGUGUUCUAUUACUCAUAUGCAUCUCCCUUGCAUGGUUAAAAUUCAAAGGCAAGAACAAGAAAGGGACAACACAAAAGAAUAUAAGGUUGGAGGGUCUGAGUAUGUCCGAUGAAUUUGAAGAAGAAAACUCUCCCCAUGAUCAAGAAUUUCCAUUUGUAAGAUUAGAAGAAAUUGCUUUCACAACCAACAAUUUCUCUGAAACAUGCAUGAUUGGACGGGGAGGCUUUGGUAAAGUAUACAAGGGAAUGUUAGGUGGUCAAGAAGUUGCAAUCAAGAGGCUAAGUAGAGAUUCUCAACAAGGAACAAAGGAAUUUAGGAAUGAAGUAAUUCUAAUUGCCAAAUUGCAACAUAGAAACUUGGUUCGACUUCUUGGAUGCUGCAGUGAGGGACAUGAAAAGCUCCUGAUAUACGAGUAUCUGCCAAAUAAGAGCUUAGAUGCUACCCUUUUUGAUGAGUCGAGAAAAUUGUUGUUGGAUUGGGCGACACGCUUUCGUAUAAUCAAAGGGGUUGCAAAGGGACUUCGGUAUCUUCACGAAGACUCAAGGUUCACCAUAAUUCAUAGAGACCUCAAAGCUGCAAAUGUUUUGUUAGAUGCAGAUUUUAAACCCAAGAUAGCAGAUUUUGGUAUGGCGAGGAUCUUUGGCGAGAACUUGGAAAAUGCGAAUACCCAACACGUUGUUGGAACAUAUGGUUACAUGGCUCCUGAGUAUGCAAUGGAAGGUGUCUUCUCUACCAAGUCUGACGUCUACAGUUUCGGCGUGUUACUACUGGAGGUUGUAACUGGUAUAAGGAGAAACUCCAUUAGUGAAACCAUGGGAUUCCCUAGCCUCACAGUAUAUUCAUGGAAUAUGUGGAAGGAAGAUAGGGCCAAUGAGCUGCCGGACUCAUCUAUCUUAGAUACUUCACCAGAUGAAAUUCUGCUUUGCAUCCAUGUAGCACUCUUGUGUGUCCAGGAGAACCCCGAUGAUAGGCCGCUCAUGUCAUCUGUUGUGUUUGUCCUAGAGAACGGGAGCACCCCACUUACAUCCCCCAAUCUCCCCGCCUACUUUGCAAGACGAAGUGCUGCAAUGAAUCAAAUCAGAACUGAUGUCCAGACAUCCGUGAACAGUUUUACUCUUACUGAGAUAGAGGGACGAUGAAAUAAAUCUGUAGUUUUAGCUGUAUCGAAAUGCUCUCGAAGGAAACAAUACAUUAGAUGAAUCGAACCUAUUGUAAAAUGUAUGGCUGAACAAGUUAGCAAUGUCAUUUUCAAAAGAAGGAAAUAUGUAUGUAUCGUGUGUUGC